GAGACAACAAUGGAUGGUCUCUGCAACUUGACCAAUAUUUUGGCAACUACUAUAAAAUGACCUCUUCAUAUCCCUUUGAGACAAAAACACCUGAAUGCUUGCUUGGUUCUGCGCCCAAGUAUUGUUUUUGCGGUGGUCUAGAGCUUGACUGUGAUGAAGCCAAUUUACAAGCCGUUCCAUCAGUUUCUUCAAAUGUGACUAUAAUGUCACUCCAGUGGAACAACUUAAGAAAGCUUCCUCCCGAUGGCUUCAGGAAGUACCAUGAUCUUCAGAAGCUGUAUCUGCAACACAGUAAGAUUAGAUCUGUAUCCAUCUAUGCUUUCAGAGGACUGUACAGCCUAACUAAAUUGUACCUCAGUCAUAACAGAAUAAACUUCCUGAAGCCAGGUGUUUUUGAAGAUCUUCACAAACUAGAAUGGCUGGUAAUUGAAGAUAAUCACCUGAGUCGAAUUUCCCCACUAACAUUUUAUGGACUAAAUUCUCUUAUUCUUUUGGUGUUGAUGAAUAAUGUCCUGACACAUUUGCCAGAUAAACUUUGUCAGCACAUGCCAAAGCUACAGUGGUUGGACUUUGAAGGCAACCAUAUCCACAAUUUAAGAAAUUUGACGUUUAGUUCCUGCAGUAACUUAACUGUUUUGGUAAUGAGGAAAAACAAAAUUAAUUACUUAAGCGAAAAUACUUUUGCACAUCUCCAGAAACUUGAUGAAUUGGAUUUGGGAUGUAACAAGAUUGAAAAUCUUCCACCCCAUAUAUUCAAGGAUCUGAAGGAGUUGUCACAAUUGAAUAUUUCCUAUAACCCAAUCCAGGAAAUUCAAGCAGAUCAAUUUGAUUAUCUUGUCAAACUCAAGUCUCUCAGCCUAGAAGGAAUUGAAAUUUCAAACAUCCAGCAAAGGAUGUUUAGACCUCUUAAUCUCUCUCACAUAUAUUUUAAGAAAUUCCAAUAUUGUGGAUAUGCACCACAUGUUCGCAGCUGUAAACCAAACACUGAUGGAAUCUCAUCCCUUGAGAAUCUCUUGGCAAGCAUUAUUCAGAGAGUGUUUGUCUGGGUUGUAUCUGUGGUUACUUGCUUUGGAAAUAUUUUUGUCAUUUGUAUGAGACCUUAUAUCAGAUCUGAGAACAAGCUGCAUGCCAUAUCAAUCAUUUCUCUGUGCUGUGCUGACUGCCUAAUGGGAAUCUAUUUAUUUGUGAUUGGAGCAUUUGAUCUCAAGUUUCGCGGAGAAUACAAUAAGCAUGCUCAGCUGUGGAGAGAAAGUAUUCACUGUCAGCUUACAGGAUCUCUGGCCAUUCUGUCCACUGAAGUAUCAGUUUUACUCUUAACAUUUCUGACAUUGGAAAAAUACAUCUGCAUUGUGUAUCCUUUUAGAUGUUUAGGACCUCGAAAAUGCAGAACAGUUACAGUUCUGAUUCUCAUUUGGAUUAUAGGGUUUAUAGUGGCUCUAGUUCCACUAAGCAAUAAAGAUUUUUUCAAAAACUACUAUGGCACCAAUGGAGUAUGUUUCCCUCUUCAUUCAGAAGACACAGAAAAUAUUGGAGCCCAGAUUUAUUCAGUGACAAUUUUUCUUGGUAUUAACUUGGUGGCAUUUAUAAUCAUAGUUUUUUCCUAUGGAAGAAUGUUUUACAGUGUCCAUCAAAGCACCGUAACAGCAACUGAAAUACGGACUCAAGUUAAAAAAGAGAUGAUCCUUGCCAAGCGUUUUUUCUUUAUUGUGUUUACUGAUGCCUUAUGUUGGAUACCCAUUUUUGUACUGAAGUUUCUUUCACUUCUUCAGGUAGAAAUACCAGAUACCAUAAACUCUUGGGUCGUGAUUUUUAUUCUGCCUAUCAACAGUGCUUUGAACCCAAUUCUCUAUACUCUGACCACACGACCAUUCAAAGAAAUGAUCCAUCGGUUUUGGUAUAACUACAGACAAAGAAGGUCUCUCAACAGAAAAGGAAGUCAGAAAACAUACACUUCCUCAUUCUGGGUGGAAAUGUGGCCCCUGCGGGAGAUGCCACCAGAGUUAAUGAAGCCAGCGGUUUUCACAGACCCCUGUGAAGUGUCACUAAUUUCUCAAUCAACUAGACUCAAUUCCUUUUCAUAA